AUGUGCCAAUCGAAAAGGAAUGGUGGUUUGGGGUUCCGGAAUGUGGAAGCUUUUAAUACGACUUUCCUGGCUAAGUUAGCUUGGCGAAUGGAAAUUGGGGAUGAUUCAUUGCUUUAUAAAUCUUUUAAGCAGAAGUAUUUCAAGAAUUGCGAUUUUCUAGAGGCUUUGAAGAGCCGUAAGGUUUCUGGGGUUUGGAAAGGGAUUUUCUCUGUUCAAGCUGUUAUUAAAAAAGGCAUGAAAUGGCGUAUCGGGGAUGGUAAUGAUGUUAACUGCUGGCUUGAAAAUUGGUUACCCGAUCGUUCUAAGUUCUCAGUCUCCUCUCAACCUUUUGGGGCUAGUAUUUCCACUGUUGCCGAGCUGAUCAAUCCAUCUACUCAUAAAUAG